UGAGCAAGUGGGAUACACCAAGAAGUGCCGCUGAUGUUCGUAGUUUCCUGGGGUUAGCAGAAUACUACCGGAGGUUUAUCGAGGGUUUCUCGAAGAUAGCCCAGCCACUAACCAACCUUACAAAGAAGGCCGUGAGGUUUGAUUGGAGUCCUAAGUGUAAGGAGAGUUUCCAGGAGUUGAAGAGGAGACUCACUACCGCGCCCGUUCUAUCCAUUCCCGACCCUACUUUGGAGUUCACCAUCUAUAGUGAUGCUUCAAAGAUGGGUUUGGGAUGUGUCCUUAUGCAGCAGGGGAGGGUCGUAGCCUAUGCUUCGAGGCAGCCGAAGCCUCACGAGCAGAACUACCCCACUCACGAUCUUGAGUUAGCUGCAGUCGUUCACGCCUUGAAGAUUUGGCGGCACUACCUCUAUGGAGGCAAGUGUAAGAUUUUUAUCGACCACAAAAGCCUAAAGUACAUUUUCACUCAGAAGGAGCUGAAUAUGCGGCAGCGUAGGUGGUUGGAACUGGUCAAGGACUACGAUUGCACGAUUAGCUACCAUCCUAGGAAAGCUAACGUGGUAGUCGAUGCCCUUAGUCGGAGGAGUUAUGGCCAGUUGUCCUGUCUUUUUACCGAGCAAGAUGUCCUUCUUCGAGAGUUCGAGCGGCUACAGCUAGAGGCAGUGGAGUCACAUUCGACAGCCAUGGGUAUGUUGACCUCUUUGGUUGUGGGACCGUCUCUUCGUGAGAGGAUAGUCGCCGAGCAACCGAAUGAUCUUUUCCUUUGCCGGAUGAAGGAGUUGUCGAAAACCGGUAGAGUUGGAGGAUUCGCAGUCGCAUCUGAAGGGGCCUUAGUCUUCGAGGGAAGACUUU